AUGGAAGGUGAGCCAUUCCAUGAAGCUUGGGAACGUUUUAAAUUGUUUUUAGUUCAGUCUCCAAAUCAUAGAUAUCCUUUAGAGUUACUGAACCAAUUUUUCUAUGAUGGACUGACACAAGCUUGUCAAGCCAUGGUUGAUAAUGCUGCUAUGGGAGAAAAGAUUGUACAAGAGACGAAUGAGUUAUAUGAGAUGCUUGGAGCCAACUCACAACAGAAAAGUGUUAGAGGAAAAUCAAGAGGGAUGUAUGAAGUAAAUACUAACACUAAGUUGGCUAUGCAGGUUUCAGAAUUGACCAAGCAAAUGAAAACUAUGUGCAACAUGAUGAUGGGACAAGGACUAAGAAAUUCCAACGAGGUAUAUGCUAGUUGUGGUAUUGUUGGUCCUGCAACUAAUGUUUGUCCUUCUCGUGGAAAUUUUCCAGAGUUUGUUAAGCAAGCCAGUAUGAUGAAUUCCUACAACCCAAGGCCUCAUGAUUCUUAUCCGAAUACUUAUAAUCUAGGGUGGAGGAAUCAUCCCAAUUUUUCUUGGAGAAACAAUCAACAACAAGUGAGCUCUAAUAAUCAAUCGCAAAAUCCCUCAUUGGAAGAGACACUGAAUAAUUUUAUUCAAGUUUCUCAGCAGAACCAACAAAAUUUUGAACAAAGGUUUCAGCAGCAAAAGGCGUCCAUUAGAAAGCUAGAGGUUCAGAUAGGACAAAUAACAGAGGCAGUACAAGGUCAUGUUUCUGGGAAAUUACCAAGCCAACUUGAGCAAGCGAAAGCAGUCAUAGUGCUUCAAAGUGGUAAGAAUGAGGAGAUCAAUUCCAUCGUUGCUCCACCAAAGCCUUAUGUUCCACCUAUUCCUUUUCCGAGCCGAUUGAAGAACAGCAAAUGGGAUAAGUCAUUCUCUAAAAUUUAUGAUAUUUUAUCUAAAGUUAAUGUGAACUUACCCUUGCUUGAUGUGAUAAGGACUAUGCCAGCUUACACAAAGUUCUUAAACGAUUUGAUUACUCACAAGCGUAAGUUUGAACCUAAUGAAAAAGUAAUGGUUCCUGAAAAGGUAAGUGUUUUGCUUCAAAGGAAUCUGCCACCGAAAUUGAAAGAUCCAGGUUUUAGAAUUGACCAAGCAAAUGAAAACUAUGUUCAACAUGUGAUGGGACAAGGACUAAGAAAUUCCAAUGAGGUAUGUGCUAGUUGUGGUAUUGUUGGUCCUACAACUAAUGUUUGUCUUUCUCGAGGAAAUUUUCUAGAGUUUGUUGAGCAAGCCAAUAUGAUGAAUUCUUACAACCCAAGGCCUCAUGAUCCUUAUUCGAAUACUUAUAAUCUGGGGUGGAGGAAUCAUCCCAAUUUUUCUUGGAGAAACAAUCAACAACAAGGGAGCUCUAAUAAGCAAUCGCGAAAGCCCUCAUUGGAAGAGACACUGAAUAAUUUUAUUCAAGUUUCUCAGUAG